AUGGACGGAUCCAACCAGCCUCCCACUUACCCGCCUGCUCCUACUGUCGAAGACGAGCCCACCUCAAUCUUCGGCGGAGGCAAUGCCCACAAAGCCCCUGCCGCAGACCAGGACACCACAAACGCCCCUAGAGAUCCACCUACAACUUCUGACGGCGCCGACGCACGUGAUGGCAACAACCCAGGCACUCCUCUCAACGACGGCGCCGCAGCUCCUACCGCCAACCCCGACGAGCCCAGAACCCCCGACAAUGGAGCUCCUUCUGCCGCUCCUGCCGAACCUGUCGAUCGCGUGCAGAUUGUCUUGAAAGACCAGAGCGGCAACCAGAUUGCCUUUGGCGUCAAGUCAAACACUCGCAUGGAGAAAGUUCAGAAUGCCUAUGCCGAGAAGACGGGUCGCCCUGUUGCUUCUCUGCGCUUCUACUUCGAGGGAAACCGCGUGACGGCCGAUGACAAUGUCACCACGCUUGAAAUGGAGAACGAAGACAUCAUCGAGGUCAUGACUGAGCAGAUUGGCGGCGGUGGUGGCUCCGACCCUGCUCCUCUCAAGCUUGACAAGUAUGUUGCAAAGUACUUCUCUGACGAGUCUCUCGAGGAGGUGGCUUUCGUGGUCAACGAGGUUGAAGUCGACGGCAAAUGGGUCAAGGAAAUGGAGUUCGUUGUUGGACCCGACGUCAAGGUCAAGGACUUCAAGGAUGCUUGGGCUAAGCGUGCUGGAUGCUCUGUUGACAGCGUUGUCUUCCGUUUCACCGGAACCAAGGAAGGACCUGGACUUCCAUUCUACACUGAGGAUGAGACCUUCGGUGACCUUGACCUCCAACCCGAUGACAAAGUCUACGUCAGUGCACUUGCUGACGAACCCAUCAACCUCGUGCGCCCCAGAAAGAGCAUUGCCGUCAAGGAAGAGUAA